AUGGAUCAAAGUGCUUUAUAUUGUGCUCUUGCUGAUAAUGAAGCUGCUGCUGGUAGUGGUGGGGCUAAUGUAAGAAAUGACAGUCAAGCACUGGCAUAUGUAGCUGGUUACAUUCUACAAAAGAUGGGUGUAACACCUGAAACUAACUGUAGUGCCUAUUUGGUCCGCGGCGGGUUCCAGCCGCGCCUUCCGACUUCGCUGCCGCCCCCAGGGCAGCAGCAGCAGCCGUCGCCGCUACCACGCCGACAGCCCGUCCCGUUGAUGCCUCCCGCGCAGCUUCAUCCGGGAGCGCCCCAGGUGGUCGCUCCGGCGCCUGCGGUCCCUCUUCAGUCGCCACCGCCUUCGGAGCUGAUGGACGUCGACCCCUCAGCCGGGCCGCCUUCCCAAGCGGUGGCUGUGCAGCCUGUCCUGCAGCCGCUUUCCUUGGGCUCCCCCAAGGAGUCUGACACCGCAGCGCCUUGUCCGGCGCCCACUCAGCAGCAGUCGACGCAGCGUCAGGAGACGCUGCCUCUCUUCGUGGGUCCCGACGCCCCGUCGCGUCCAGUACCAGAAGCUGCGCCCGUGGUCACAGGCCUGCCGCCCCGGCCAGACAAUGGAGGUGGAGGAGGGGUGGGUGCGGCGGUCCCGGGACGUUUGGCGACCGCGUCGGGACGCCAGGAGCCGCAGUAA